ACCCAUAAUAAUAUUCUCUUUACGUCCAUUUUAUAAUUUUAUGUUAAUUUAGGUACUAAAAUAGAUCCGAUCGCCCACAUUGUAUUGAUAAGCGUACAGUAAUAAGGCAACAUCCCAGUUGAAGGAAGAAAAAGAUAAAUAAUAAUUGUUAUUAUUAUUUUUUUAUUUCAAUAAACGAUAGUACGACUCGUACAUCGUGCACUCGUCAUAUACCAAUAUAUAAUUUUGAAAACUUAUUUAAACAUGCUGACAAAGUGUGUGGUAUAUGUUGUGUAUUUAUUAUUUGUUCUAAGUUUUGUGGAUGGUGGUCUUAGAAAACGGAAAGAAGACAAAACUAAAUGUCCGAAAGUGAAGGCGAUCAGAAAUUUUGAUAUUGAAGGGAUGUUACAUAAUUGGUACGUCAUAGAGUACUACGCAAGCUCAGAAGAAGCACUAGCAUAUAGAUGCAUGCGAGCCGAGUUCACCAUGAGUUCCUCAGACGUUAUCACAAUGAACUUCACUUAUAGCUUUACUGAUGAUCCAUUAAACGAACAGCUGAUCGGUAAUAUCACAUGGAUAAUACCAAAUCCUGCUGAACCUGCUCAUUGGACCCAUUCAGAAGACACUUAUGAAGGAGUAUAUAACACAUUUGUCUUAGACUCCGACUAUAUAUCAUGGGCUUUACUAUUACAUUGUGCGGAAAAAUCUAAAGUACCAAGAUACCUCUCAAGUUUUAUUAUGAGUAGGGAACCAACUCUAGGAGUGAACGUGAUAUCAUAUCUACGAGACAAAUUGCCCCAAUACGAUAUUGAUUUGUCUUAUAUGUUCAAUAUGACACAAACUGAUUGUAAUUCUACAGAUUUUGAAAAUAUACCGCCAUCUUUAUUGAUUAAUCUGAAUAGGCCUCAAAUGGGAGACCGGAGACACCCGAUGAAACAUAUUCAUUAGAGUAUGGUAUUUUAAAUUGUUUAUUUUUUAAAUAUAUAUUUAUUAAUUAUUAGCAA